AUGGACUGCACGGCAACCCGUUCUGUGCCCGCUUCUCCGGAACGCCGUGGACCACUUGGUGCUUCGGCCGACUCAGUUUUGCAAUGUCCCAAGUGUGAUCGUCGAUUCACCAGACCGGGCGCUUUGUCCGAGCACGAACUCACUCAUACUCCCGGUGGUCCAGCAGCAAGACACCAGUUUGUCUGUCCUUACUGUCCCGACACAUCGUCUACCACUGCCUGUUCACCACAAACAGUGGGGUCGGACACCCUAUCUUCAGGCGCAGUUGCAUUCACUUUGAAACGAAAUCUCCACGCACAUCUGCGUUCUAUUCACGCCAAUCUCGCUUAUCCGUGCACUUGGCCUGGGUGUCCAGUGCUCCUGUCAAGCAAUCAAAAGCUCAGUGAACACCUUCAACGCCAUCGCACUAAUCGGCCAGUAGCUCAGACUACCCGAGCUAGGCACCGCAGACAGCGUCAUUCCAAGCAAAGUCGAGAUCAUACGCAAGUUUCAACCAAAAAACGGCCAUCGAAGCACCUAGACGAAGAUUAUGAAACCGCCAGCCAAAGCAGUAUCGUGGCAUUGCUAUUGGACUCUGGGGAAGAUUUAUCUGCUCAG